CCGUUCGCCGCGGUGAGGAGAGGCGGCAGUCUCGCGCCGAGAGCCGCGCGGUCCGCUCGUCGCUCGAAUCGAAAUAAGUGUACCAGCUAAGUGCUGCCAGAGCGACGACCCCGUGCUGUGUCAGUUCUGCAGUUUGGUUGUUUAUUAAUUGAAAAGGCGCCCAUAGUGCAAAACAGUGUCGCAAAACAGUAUGUAGUGGACAGUGCACGACAAAUCAGUGAAAAUGACCGACAUAAUGACCGACAACGACUUGACCGACAUACCCGACAUGGCCGACGAGGACGGCUAUGAGUUCGACUCUCUUAAAAUCCCCGAAAUCGUGACUCCGGACGACAUGAACGAGUCAGGGUAUCAAGAGGGUUCGGAGAAGAGUUACGGGGAUAGGAGGGAUUCGAAGGAGGGUUUCGGGGGGGAGGGGGAUAGUGACAGCGGGGUGGACGGGGUGUCGAGCGGGUGCAGCACGGCGGACGACUGUCCCGUAGUGUCGGUGAACGACGUCGUCGCGUAUUACGACGACAUCCGGCCGCGUCGACGCCAUGUGCCGCAGCUCAACUUCUACAGCGUGGAUAUUGAGAAGAUGGCGAUGGAUGCUGUUGCUCAGAGCGAGUCGAGCUACACAUCAUCGGAGGAGGGAUGCGGCGGCGGCGAGCGGCACGCCGUGCUGAGUUACGAGCAGGUGUCGCGGCUCAACGACGUCAUGGACGAGGUGGUGGCCAUCCACGGCCGCGGCAACUACCCCACGCUGCACGUGCGCCUGCGGGAGCUGGUGGCCGGCGUGCGGGCGCGGCUUGAAGCCCCCCAGGCCGCCGGCGGGGCCGGCGUCGCCGUCCGCGACGUCCGUCUCAACGGCGGAGCGGCUUCUCACGUUCUCGCCGACCGCCCCCAGCCCUACUCCGACAUCGACCUCAUUUUCACCGCCGACCUCCCCACCGCGCGCCACUGCGACCGCGUGAAGGCCGCCGUGCUCGGCCAUCUCUCCACCCUCCUACCCCCGGCCACCCCACGCCGCCGCGCCUCCACUGCCGGCCUAAAAGAAGCCUACGUCUCCAAAAUGGUCCGCGUCAACUCCGACGGCGACCGCUGGUCGCUCAUCUCCCUCGGAAACUCCCGCGGGCACAAAUCUGUGGAGCUCAAGUUCGUGGACACCAUGCGGCGUCAGUUUGAGUUCUCCGUGGACUCGUUCCAGAUCGCGCUAGAUUCGCUACUCGCGUUCCACGAGUGCGCGGCGCUGCCCAUCGGCGAGAACUUCUAUCCGACCGUAGUCGGCGAGUCAGUGUACGGAGAUUUCCGCGAAGCUCUGAUCCACCUAACGGAGAAGUUGAUCGCGACACGCCAGCCCGAGGAAAUCCGCGGCGGCGGCCUGCUCAAGUAUUGCGCUUUACUGGCUAAAGGAUAUAGGGCCGCGCGGCCGGAUCGCAUCAAGACGCUAGAGCGAUAUAUGUGCUCGCGGUUCUUCAUCGACUUCCCCGAGCUCGGCCAGCAGCGCGCCAAGCUCGAGGCGUACCUACGGAAUCACUUCGUCGGGCGCGAGGAGGAGGCCCUCAAGCACCGCUAUUUAACGCUGCUGCACGGUGUAGUCCGCGAGUCGACAGUGUGCCUCAUGGGCCACGAGCGGCGGCAGACCCUGGCGCUGAUCGAGCACCUGGCGUGCCGGGAGCUGUGCGCGCGGACGCCGGUGCUGCUGGCGCCGGGCGUGGGCGUGGGGGUGGGGGUGGGGGUGGGAGUGGGAGUGGGCGGCUACUACGUGUGCGUGUGCGCGGCGUGUGCGGCGUGCGCGGCGUGCCCCGCCUGCGCCGCGUCCUACUGCCAGUGCUGCCGCCCGCAGAUGUGCCCCGCGUGACCGCGCUAGACCGCCGUGAUCAGAGACACGUGAUUCUUACCUUCUUUAUCGAUCGAUGAAUUUAGUGCCAAAUGUAUAUAAUAAAAAAUAUAUGUAUAUGUAUGAUUCACUGUCCUAUAGGCGAGUGUAUAUAAUGUGUUAUUAAUUACGCUUCGUAUUCUUGGCUGGAUUUUUAUUAGGAAAAAAAUGGGAAACACCAAAGCGAAAAAGACAGGCCGGUAGACUUACACUUCUUUGGCGAUUGCGUAUAUUUCAGUAGAUAUAAUAGAGUGGGUCUCGAGCACUGACGCCGAGCCGGCUCGACUUGCCAUUGAACCUCGCGGCCUUCUGAGCCAUAUCGGUAGCUUCAUGUGGAGACAAUUUACCCUGUGUCAAUUCGAAGUUGCUCACUUUACUAGUACACAGAUCAAUUCUCACCAGUCAAUUCUCCCGCAAGGCCUCCACGGUAGUAACCUGGAAUCUACUAGCUAGUCACUACUGAUCACCAAAGCUUGGUGAAGAGUUUAACUAACUCUGAUUGGUUAUGAUGGCAGUAUUACUGACUAUUAGUGACCUAGACUACCAACCCCGCACUCGUUUGCUAAUAAUUCUAAUCAACUAUUGUAAUGUUAGCUAGAGAACUAAGCAGAACGUAUUUAGCCAACGCUUGAGGUCAAACGUGAAAUAAUUUCUAGUCGUACUCCUUUCGUGUUGAUAAUUUAAUAUGUUAGCAGUACGAAAAUUAUUUUCCACGAAAUAUAAUGGAUGCAUUGUUAGGAAUAAGUCCGAGUCGAUGGUCUGCCUAUAAAAAAAGACUAGUUAGUUAUUAUUAAGCUUUUUAUGUAUAAAAUUGUCUCCAUAAUUUUAGUGGCAUGUCUCUCAAAAACCCCGCUCAAAUGUCAAAGGCGUAACUUUGACUGGAGCUUCAACUAGACUGCUUUGGAAGAUAACGAUAUUUCAGUAGCAACUAAAAGCUAAAUAGAAACAAGUCCGGCCUUGUCGUUGGCCUUUAGAAACGUUUAAUCGGGUGUAGGGACGUACGAACGUUGUUAAACAAGGAAUCGCAAAUGCAGACAAAGAAUUAGGCAUAGACUGUCCCCGCGCGGACGGCAGGCGCGGCCGGGACGCACUUUACGACAUGCCUACCUACAUAUUUGUGAUGCGCAAACCAAACGCAGAUGAGUUUAGUUUAGUGCGCACCCGGCUGCCACGCGAGAUGUACUGAAGACGUAUUUUAUUACUAUGUAUUUAUAUAAUAUAACGUGUAUACAUUUGUCUUGAUCACUCUAGUAUUGUAUACGGCUUGGCAUACGAGAGUAACAAAUUAAGUUAAUUAUAAAAACAAAAAAGAGAAAAAGCAAAAAAAAGACUAAGGUGUGUACAAUAUUAAAGUCCACUCUUGUUAUUGAUAGAGAUCCAUUUAUGAAUAUUUUAAGAACAUUUACAAGUACUAGAAGUCACGUCGAGAGCGUACUUAUGGCGUUUCAACUUUUAACAUUUCAUCAAUUACAGUAAAUAUUGUAGGUGGUAUGAAAACAUGUGAUUUAAUUGUUGUAGAGUAACAUACUGUUGUCGAUGAUUAUACUUACAUACAUUAUAAUGUAGAUUAAAUCCAAUAGAGAGAUGUACUAUUAUUGUUGUAUUUUAAUGAUAUAUAGAUAUACGAAUGAUUGUGUAAACUGUGUCCGGCCAAACGUGCAUGUCUUAGAUAUUUGCCAAUGCAUAUUCAAAUAAAAAAUAUAUGUAUACACAUUAUUGCAUGGAACUCUUGAAUAGGAAGUAAGAUGUUUACAUAUUUUUGAUUAGUCGAAACGACAUCCAGAGGAAUCAAGUACAAUGACUCUAGGAGUCACUAAUGUUUCGGGCCUACUCCGCGAGGACGAAUCCGACUUGCUCACUAUCGAACCAAAAUUUGAGAUCUCAUUUUUUUAUUCCCUCAAAAUAUUUCGGAAAUGUAAGAACAUGUUCAAUUUAUUUUUAACUCGUACUUUGUACUGUCCGCGGCCCCUGUUAGGGUCAACACUGGAUUCAUGAACUUCUAACCUGUUCGUUUAAAAGUGGUAUCUCUUAAAAUGAAGUGUAAAAGAGGGCUUGCCGCGAAAACCGAAUAUAGAAACUGCGUUACCUGCCUCUCUAUUACUCUUAUAUAUUCGAGCAAUAGAGAUGUAGAUAACGAACAUUUCCAUUUUCACCAACAAAACAUAGAAAGUCUCAUCGAAUCCAGUGUCCUGUGGCUUUUGCUCUUGUCAUGACUUAAGAAUCACGAAUUAUAAAGCGCUUUUCGAAUUCUCAACAUUUUAAUUUACGAGAGGUGUAUUAAUAUUAUAAUAUAUCAAGUAUUUAGAAACGUGUAUAUUUCCUAAGUCAUUGAGGGCGAAAAGGAGGAAAAAGGUCCGUUGUCUCCCUGCGUUCGUGUCAUUUCUCAAGUCUAAAAUGUCAUUAAUAUUGGUAAUAAUAGGAUUUUCGGUUGAACUUAAAAUGGCGAAGGCGUCACGAGAAUAUUUUCUUCUGUUCUGCUCAUUAAUGUUGUUUAAAGUGUAUUGAUAGCUUAUUAUGCAGAAAUCUAACGUGGAAGCGUUCAGCUAAUGAAGAAUUAAUCUUGAAAUGCGUUUAACCAUUCUUUAGUUAACACCCAGCAAUCCAUCGUAGCUAUUUGUAAAGUCUAGAUAUUACUUUACUAAGGGCAAUCACCGUAUAACGUCAUGCUCAACGAACACGCUAUUGAUAUUGGCGAAAUCCUUGUAUAAAUUUGAUGUUCCAACCUUGACGCUGGCAAAAUUAUCCUACUGGACAGAUGCCAUUUUUUUUACGAAAUAUUAAACUAAUAGACGAACGCAGUGGGACGCCGGACUAAUCUGUACUUAGAAGUAAAACAAGUACAUAAUUAUAACUAACGAAAUCUAAACCAUAUUCCAUUUGUACCUAAUAAGAGUGAAUGUUAGUUAAUUAUCACUAGUUAUACCUCUCGGAAUCGAGACAGGCGUCUAAGUUGUGAUUUGUAGUCUUUUCGACAGGUCUUUUAAUGUUAUCUAUAUUGAAUAUUAUCAUAUUUUAAAUAACUGUGAUUAUUAUAUCUAUAUUGUAAUCUAUUAUUGGCAGUACCCGGUAUGAACUACCUCCUCGCUUAAACUAAAAUUCUGAUAAAUCGUGCUUGUAUUGUAUUAGAAAAUAUAUUUUAUUACCGUUGUACAGGUUCAGAUGAUUAUUCCAUACAUUGUAGGUUUCAAAUAGUACAACUUCAGUCUUUUUGGUACAUGGCGAAGUGAAAUUUUAAUGCAGUGCAAAAAAUUAUCAAUUGAUACAUAGUUUGAGCUGAUUUAGAGAAUGUUUUAUAUUCAGAAAUUACUGUUGUUUAACUGAGAAUAAUAUAUUUUAAAUUAUAUCUAAAAGAACAAGUAAUUGUGGUAUUUUGAUUAGAUGAAUGAGUUUGCGAACGGCGAUGUCAAUGCCAUUGUUCAAAAACAAAAAAGAAAAUACAAAUUAUUCGGCCAGUAUUUUUAAAACUGAACUUUAUCACUUUGACUUAAAAAUGAUUACAUUCUGUAAUACAUGUUCUGAAGGUUGAUUACAGUAAUCAACUUUCAAGGUCAUAUCUGGCACUAUGCACUAGAUUAAAUUCAGCAAUAGCUCUUCCGUAGAAAUAUUUCGUGACGCUUCCAUGAAACGGUCUAAAUAUUUUGGAAAUGUUUUUGCAAACGAGAGACAUUGCGGUUUAUUAUAGGGUUUUAUUUUUCUAAAGUUACCAUCAGUUUUCAGCUAGCCUUUCUGUGUAUGGUUAAUUUUAUAUUGUGCACGUCACGGGGCGUCUGCGUACUGAGUUUGUUUGAUUAUUUGUAUAUAUUGUAGGGGUCUAGAGAGGCGAUAUUUGUUUGAUCUAAUGUGAGACGAAUUGUGUUUGUCGAUUUCCUUCUAGAAUGGAUUGGCCGCUCUGAAUAUGUUCAUUUUCGGCAAUCUACGUCUUUAUGUUUGAUUAUUAUAAGGAUCUAAUCAUUUUAUUAAAACAACGGUAUGUGUAAUCAAAAUACAUUUAUUUGGCACAAUGAAUAUAACCUCUCUGAACUUGACUAACCACAAUUCAGACACAUACUAUAAUUAUUAUCUCGGGUUCUCACAAAACAAAACGAACUGACCUGCUCACAAUUGAAAUACCUUACCAUUUUUAAUAUUGAUCGACCGUCAUCGUCGAACGUCACCCCACGACUGACUACGAAUGAUCGUUCAAUAUUCAAGAUGGAGGGAUCGAUCACGUGACCAUUCACGUGAUCGAUCAUUACAAAUACUUUUUAAAGUAUAGUCACUUAACUUAUUUAAUCUAUAAAAAUGUAUUAUAAGUACUAAAAAUCUAUAUAAACCACACAGUAUCCUAACAAUUAUAAACUUCAAAUAAAUCAAGUAUAUUACUGGUAAAGUAAUAUUCCGUAUAUUUAUCUUGAUCUGUGUCGUAAUAUAAAGGCGUACUUUGUAUCGCAAGCACGUUUGACGUGUAAACCCGGUUUUGCAUUUAAAGUAAUAUGAUAUACGUUGGAAAACGCCAUUAGCUCCUUAACCGAUGCAUUUAAAUCAUUUGCUCAUUACGCAAAAAGCUUUGCAAUUAAAAUUUAGAAUUCUCAUUAACUUAAAAUUGAUUGUUGAAGCCAGUUUUGGAACUGGCCGUGAUGGUAUUUGAUCUGUUGGGCUUUAAAAAGGCUAUGUUGAAUGUUUAAAUCCGCUAGGUAAAUACGGUAUUGGGUUAGAGAAGGGUUUGCGAGUUGUAAAAGUAUUCUUUAGUGGAGUAAAGUACGCAGGCGCCUACACAAAGGCGUGGCUACGUGGAGUUCUUGAUUGAAACAAAUGGUAGCGACCCGGUGAUAAGCCACUUUGUUAAAGACAUGGCACAGAUCGUAUCGCUGCCGUUUGGCACCUUGGCUGGGUUGUUCGUACUACUUUUUUGUUAGUGUUGCCACAAUAUAAGGUCAGCUAGGGCUUUUGCAACUUCGACACAUGCUAGCAUUGCUAGCUACUCUAAAAAUACAAGAAGUAAGUCUAGAGCUAACUUUUUAUACCAUGGGUGAAUUCUCUUUUAUGACUGGCGAAAGUGUGCCAUGAAAAUAAGUGGUUCUAGCUCUAGAUUUGUAUUUUCAGAAUAGUUGCAGUUGCCCCAUAGUUCCAAUUGUCCCGGCUGAUCUUACCGAUUUGUUUACCACGUUUGAGUAUAUUCACACAACACAAGUUUAUUGCAAUAACAGGUUACGCAUUUGAUCUGGUUUGUUAUGUAUAUGAUUGUCAAAAGCGACGUUUUAGGGUUGAAAAAUGACACUUUUGACACUGACAGAUCAUAUCCAUAACAAACCUAGACCAAAAUUAUAACCUGUUACUAAAAUUACUGUUAGAGUUACACCAAGAAAAGUCUUCAGCAAUUUUGAUAGCCCACGCAGUGCAAGUGUAAACACGUCAUAAUUUCAGAGAAGUUUGAAGUUUAAAAUGACACUUGCACUGCGUGCGCUAUCAAAAUCGCUGCAGACUUUUCUCGAUCUGACUCUACAGUCUACAGAUUACACCGUCAAGGUCUUGUUUGUCAUAGGAUUAUAAUUAAGUGUACGGAUAACCCAACUCGGUGGUUCCGCAGGCCACGCAAUGCCGACUAGUCGCUCAUAUGUUACCCGCGCCGGUCGGCAUACAGACUCUCUUUAAGACUUAAGAGUAGCCUAGCAUAUAUAGCCUAGUUUUAUCAAAUAUAUUUACAUAGUUAUUACUUUCUUCCGUCGCCCGCUCCGGGCCGAGCUACACUGUUGUUGCGAUGUUUAAAUAUAAGUACUAUAUUUGUGAGGAGUUUUAAGAUUGUAAAUUUUACAGAAAAUUAAAUAAAAAUGUUGUGAAAAUAAAUUAUAAAAAAGUGAUAAACAGUGA